AAGCUUUUUGAUCAUAGGGAUGUAGCAGGUGGACGUUGCCAGCUGUUUAACAGAACUACACUUCCCACAUGCGUGUGAGCAGACAAUUCCCAUCAUGCUUCUUGAUAUUUCAUAAUAACCCAGUCUGUAGUUCUAUGUAGAACUAAUGAAGAGAAGAGGGAGGGGACCGAGGUACGUGGGCGGUGGCGAAGACGGACUAUGCUCCAGUCAGUCAGCCCCGCCGAACAGUCCUUUCCCCCUGGUUUGUAAAGCGGACAAAUCUUGAAGUUUCCUCCAGUUCGGAUCGGGAGGAAGAUGGUUGGGGGUCGCAUCACCAGGCUGUCGGUUCACGACGUGCGUUUCCCAACUUCUCUCGGAGCCCACGGGUCCGAUGCCAUGCACACAGAUCCGGACUAUUCUGCUGCCUAUGUUAUAAUAGAGACAGAUGCAAAAGAUGGACUCAAGGGAUAUGGAAUCACCUUUACUUUGGGGAAAGGGACUGAAGUUGUUGUCUGUGCCAUAAAAGCACUUUCCCAUCAUGUGCUUAAUAAAGACCUUGGAGAUAUUGUCAGAGACUUCAGAGGAUUCUAUAGGCAGCUCACUAGUGAUGGACAGCUCAGAUGGAUUGGUCCAGAGAAAGGCGUUGUGCAUUUGGCUACAGCAGCUGUUUUGAAUGCCUUAUGGGACUUGUGGGCCAAGCAGGAGGGAAAGCCCCUUUGGAAAUUACUUGUUGACAUGGACCCUAAGCAGCUAAUAUCCUGCAUAGAUUUCAGGUACAUCACUGAUGCCUUAACUGAAGAAGAAGCCUAUGAAAUAUUACAGAAGGGAAGCAUUGGCAAAAAGGAAAGAGAAGAACAGAUGUUGGAGUGUGGCUACCCAGCAUAUACUACUUCCUGUGCUUGGCUGGGUUAUUCUGACCAGCAAUUAAAGCAGUUAUGCAAUGAAGCACUCAAGGAGGGCUGGACAAGGUUUAAAGUAAAAGUUGGUGCUGAUCUUGAGGAUGACAUUCGUAGAUGCAGAGUUAUAAGAGACAUAAUUGGGCCUGAAAAGAUUUUGAUGGUGGAUGCCAACCAGCGAUGGGAUGUGCCAGAAGCAAUAGAGUGGAUGCUAAAGUUGGCUGAAUUUAAGCCUCUGUGGAUUGAGGAGCCAACCUCCCCUGAUGAUAUUCUUGGACACGCCACCAUCUCUAAGGCCUUAGCUCCAUUCGGAAUUGGUGUUGCAACAGGAGAACAGUGCCAGAAUAGAGUGAUAUUUAAACAACUCCUACAGGCUGAAGCCCUACAGUUUCUCCAGAUUGACAGCUGCAGACUGGGAAGUGUCAAUGAAAAUCUCUCUGUGUUACUGAUGGCCAAAAAAUUUCAAAUUCCUGUUUGCCCCCAUGCUGGAGGCGUUGGCCUUUGUGAAUUGGUACAACAUUUAAUAAUAUUUGACUAUAUUUCAAUAUCUGGAAGUCUUGAAAACAGGAUUUGUGAAUAUGUAGAUCAUCUACAUGAACACUUCAAGUAUCCCGUAGUAAUCAAAAAAGCCUCAUACAUGCCUCCUAAGGAUGCCGGCUACUCCACAGAAAUGAAAGAAGAGUCUGUAAAGAAGCACCAGUUUCCAGGGGGUGAAGUUUGGCAGAAGCUCCUGGCUGCUCAGCAAAAUUAAGUUCUUAGCCUUACUAUGGCUUUUUCUUCUCAUACAAAUGAAUUUUUAAUGGAGAGGGGAGGAAAGCUUAUCUGAUUUGACAUAUCACAGUAACAAUAUCAUUCAAAUCACAAGAUUUAAUCAGUUGAGAUAAAUCUCAGAUAUCCUCCUCAAUGAUCUGGGAACCAUAUUCUUUGAUUAUUUUCUUAAAAGAUAAAAUAUAUUUAUUAUGUAUGUCAGUGUUUUCAUGUAGGACUGGCUAUGUUAAAAUGUUAAAGUACAUUUUAAGAAAUGUUAUAUCAGAAUGCUGUUCUUACAAAUGAUACAUUUUUUAAAAAGAAGAAAAAUGAUGAGCCCUGAAGUCCCUGGGAUGAUAUUUGAUAUGGAACAAAGGCAAGAUAAGAACACUGAGAUCAAAGGUGGUUUUGGUUUAUCAAACACUAGAUUAGUCAUUGACUAUUGUGUCUUGUGAACCUAACCUGUUCCAUUGAUCCAUCCCUCAAAGGUAUUUUGGGUUAGCUCCUCCUGGUCUCUACUGUUUAUUAGAAAGAGGAGAGGAAAAGCUGGUCCCUUUUCAUUCUUUUAAACAUGUCUUCCAAGCAUUGACUACAUGCCAUGAAAUUUAAAAGUCUUACUAUCUCUUAAGUGACAUCUCUGAAUAGGUAAAUCAGCCAGGUCUAGAUGGAAAGAUUCAUCAUAAAUCCCUAAUUAAACCUUAAGAAGGAAGCUUGAGAAAUAAUGGGAAAUUUUCACAACUGUGUUCCCUAUUGUACUAAUAUUGAUAGUUUGAAAAUUUUAUGCUAAGUAAAAUGCCAACAUAGUUUAAAACUUUCAGUGUGGAUCAUAAGUCAAGUAUAUGUUAUGACAUUUAUUUGAUAGUCCAUAAAUAUACACUAACUCUCCAAGGAGCCCCAAUAAUGGCAGACAGGAAGAGAAAUGAAGAGUACAAUUGAGGAAAUCAAGGCUGAGUGGUAAAAUGAUUGGUCCCAAGUCCAAUAACUAGAGGCAGAAUGAGAACCCAAAGUGCUGACUUCUUUUGUCCCGAACAGUCCACGCCCCCUCAAUAGAAGAUGAAAGAGAACAGAAGGGGAUGGCUUAGUCCUGAAAAGAGCAGGCUGCUGAUGAGCCUGAGUGUUGGGUCAGUCUGGCUGUGAGUCCUUUAUGCUGGAUGCCGAGUCUAGAGUCAAAGAUUAAAGUUGCUUAUUUACUUUGGAAGGGAGGGACAGCACCAAGAGAGAAGUCUAUACAAAACACUUGCUUCCAGGGACGUAGAGCACAAACAGCUGGAGUGGGGAGAGUAGGAGAGCCUUUAGGAGAGGCCUUUGGAGCCUUUUAGAUGGCAGAAGGCAGAGCUUCCUCAUUCCCAAAGGCUUUUUAUUGGCCCCAAGAGAAAAAUAGCCUCAAGCAUACCCAAGCAUCAGAUUAUAGGAGUCAAGACUAUGUUACUCCAGGAAGACACAGGUCCCUUCAUGACCUGUUGUUCUGAAAAGAUAAACAUACUUGAGAUAAAGCAAGAUCUUUGUGGGGGCAAAGCGAGGCCACAUGACAUCCCUCAUUUUUCCCAACUCCAGAAAGCUCCCAUCACAACCCUCCUGUCCUGAGCCAUGCUUUGGGUACAUACACUAUAGUUACAGACCUCCUUAUGGCAAGGCCAGGCCAGGCCAGGCCUAAAGGCAAUACUGGAAACAGCAGCUUUUGUGACUCCACCUAUUUGAAAGUCUAUUUCCUAUGUCAUCCAUUUCCCAAGUGGAAAAAAAAAAGAAAAAAGGAAACCUCCAAAAUCCAGUAGAAUUUGAUGGCUACAUGGUUCUGUAACAAGCAAUAAUAUCUGUAACUAUAAAUGAUAUAAUUUAUUCUGCAAUUCAGGUUCUGUAACAAGCAAAGUUGAGCAAUAGUGAAAGUCAUUCGUAAAAGCUGAUAGACAUGUUUCAGAAAGUAUAAACCAUAUUAUAUCUAAAAUAUGCUAUGAGUGACUUUUGUUAGUUAUUUGCUUUGUCAUGUCUACAUGUCAUCUUUCUUGGUGAAUACUUGUUAAAAAAUGUUUAAAUGGGAGUCAACUAGUGACAUUUUUAAUCGUCUUGAACUAUAACUUGAACUAUAACUAUAAAAUGCUUUGCAUUUAGUGAAUGCUCCAUAAAGCAUUAGUUGAUAGAGAUAACUUAAGAUAGUCCAAAGAGAUCUCUCACUCGUAAAUAGAGAAUUCAUGUGUAGGGGAACAUGGAUGUAUUACAUUAAAGAAUAAGAAAACAUCUA